GCAGCUUUACUCGAGGAGGAAAAACUAGACGUUCGUAUCGACAUCCAUGUGAAUAUUUUGAGAUGCCAGAAUAAAACUUAGCUCUGGGAAUGGAGUUCCUCUGGAUGAUGUUGCUCUGGCUCCUGCUGCUUGGUCUGACUUUUCUCUCAGCUCAGUCCAGUUUGAAAAGCAUCUUCUAUUCAGCAGAGGAGGGCACCAACAUCACCGUAGAGUUAAACAGGCCGAACAACAUGAACUUGUCUGAGCUCCACAUGAACUGCAGACUCCUGACAGAACCGCAGAAGAAGGUACUGGACAUGAUAAGUGGAAAGGAACAAUCAGAAAUCCAGGACGCACAGUUCAGAGGCAGAGUGAAGCUCCACAGAGAAGCUCUGAAACAGGGGCAGGUGCAGCUCCUCCUCACCCGCCUCACAGCCCUCGACUCGGGGAAGUAUCGCUGUGAGAUGGUGGCCAACUACGACCGAGACAGAGGAGACUGGAGGUUUAUUUCUACUGUGUAUUUUGAGAUAAACGUGACUCCAAACAGAAGGUCUACUCCAGCUCCAGCCCUGCCUGGAUCACAAGAAGAUCAGGAGGAAAUACAAGAAGAUCAGGAGGAAAUACAAGAAGGGGGCGCUAAACAUGAGAGCUUUGGUCAGUUCCUCUUCCACAUUGUCAUGAUGGGCUUCAUCAUCAUUGGCUCUUUGUUCUUCAUCUGUGCAGCUGUAAUCCGAGCUUCCAAGAAACAAGGACACUCGCUCCUGUUAGAGGACGGCUCUGCUGUUCAGAAACAUCUGACGGAGGAAACACUGGAGGAAGUUUUAACCAGUGAUCCUGUGAUUUGUGGGCAAAUACUGAACCUCUGAACCACUGCCACUCUGUCAGUUUGUGCUGCUUUAUAGAAGGAGCUUUUGCACUUUUCUGACAUCAGUCAUGUCGUCCUUUUAGCUCAGAGGCUCACAGUUCUAAACUGUGCUUCAGGGAGACUCUGUUUAUGUAGAAACCAUCACUGUAUUUAUACUUCAGACAUUUCUAAUGCCAAGACUGUGUUCUGUUAAACAACCACCAGAGGGCGCUAACAGUCUGUCAGAGAACUGAGCAACAAAUGAACAGAGAUGCAGCUCUAAAGCACACUGUGUAACUUUUCCAGUGAUCUGUUUCUUCUCUGGAGACUGUCAGACACAGUUUCCAUUAAAAAACAAUUAGUCUUGUUUAAAACACAAAAACAUGUUUCUGUUACACAGAAAACGAACACGGCAACGUCUUCCUCCGUUUGGUCAAAGAAAGAACAUUUGCACUUGUUCCAGAUGAAGCUGUUUGAGGGAUUUUUGUGACUCUGAGUGUUGUAGAAUAAAGUGAAGUAUUGUGAGAGUUGAAGAGAAGAAGCAGGACGCUGAAGUUCAACACAGGCAGGUUUAUUUCUGUCAGUAAAUCUGCACUGUGGUGAAUAAAUGAAUCUAUCAGUCACAAUGUUUGUCACAAAAGACACCAUUCCACCAUUUUAUAUAUAUAUAUAUAUUUCAUAUGAUUUGCACUAGGUUUGUCCCGAUCCAGAUCGAAUCGGGACAAACCUAGUGUGGACUUAUGUUCCGAUCAGGUAUCGGAUAAAUAAUAUACAUAUAUAACACAGUUUUUUGUUUAGUUUUUUUAACUGAGGCGCGGGAUUUGCUCAGGGACGUCCCGUUAGCGCGUCUGUCUCAGCUCCUGCUGUACUAGAGACACUCUCACACUGGGACUUUUGGGCUGUGUUGUGCUCGGGCGCUGUUACCUGUGGUCCUUUGGCCCGUGUUCACACCUGUGCGGCCGAUGGCGUCGUUGUACGCCGCUGUUUCUUUGUAUGUUGCACAGUGGAGUUGGUGCUUUUGUUGGGAAGGGUGGGAAAAGUGGAAUGAAGUGUCUAUUGAGCGGUGGGACUGAUAUUGAGGUGCGCGCUGCUGUGGGUUUGUGGAUGUGGGGGCGGUGCAGCGGAGUGGGGGCAGUGCGGGGGACAGAGGCUGUGGGGUUUCUGUCAUCUCGUUUUUAUUUGGUAAGAUUUUGUAUUAUUUGGAUUUCAUAGAUGAGCCUAAAUGUUUCAAAUAUAACACGCAUACAAACAUAUAAUACCACAUAUACAAAGUGUAGAUUGUGCAGAGUCGAGUCUCAGGUCUGAUCUGGUUCUGGUCUGGUUCCUGUUUUGUCCAGUUCAUUAAGUUUAUUAAGUUACACAUUCCAAGACCAAACUGAAAAGUCCAGAUUUUCAACAAUGAUGAUUCAUGAUUAGAAAAGUGAAAAAACUAAAGUCUUGGACAUUUGAUUUUUCACACUAAGUUCAUCCAAAAUACGACACAUGAAAUCAACACAAUCUGAUCCUCCACAAACAUCCUGGAUCUGAUUCUUUGCUCUUAGUUCAUUUUAUAAUGUUUUAUAGAAGUAUCGGAUCAGGACUCGGUAUCGGCAGAUACUCAGAAUCAAAUGACUCAGACUUGGGGGCAAAAAAAAAAAUGUGAUCGGGACAUCUCUAAUUUGCACAAUGCAUUACAACCUCUUGUUUAUAACUAAUAUAUUUGUAUUACUUUAUUUCUAUAUUCUAUCUUGAAUUGCACAUAAACAUUAAUAUAUUAUUUCUUA